UGGUCUCGAUGCAGCCGGGGCGAUAAGUGGAAAAAAACAGUAGAGGAGAAAAAGGGAAGAGCAGCAGCAGAGAAAGUUAUUAGCCUGUGAAUGAAAGAGAGUUUCCUGACCACAGCUGCAGUGAAGGCGAAGGAGAAGACGGAGGCAUAUUUACAGGAAGACUGCAUCUUUCUCAAUCACCUCAACACUCUGCAGUGAGCAGGCGGUCAUUCAGCAGAUACUUGCAGCCUCUUAGCAGAUAUAAUCACUCCUGGGGACAUGAAGACCGGCAAGAAAUCCUUCAUAGCUUUCAUCAAGGAGAGAAAAAUGGGUCUGAACGACUUCAUCCAGAAGCUGGUGUCCACACCACAUAUCUGCCAACACGUCGAAGUGAACGCUCUGAUGAAGAUCGAUGAGAAUCAAAAUGAGGAAAAUAAUCAACUUCCUGAUAAUCCGAUGUGCCUAAGUUCACUGGCUGACGAAUCUCAGAUCAAACCCUGUGAUUUUGACUACCUUAAAAUAAUCGGAAAAGGCAGCUUUGGAAAGGUUCUGCUGGCUCGACACAAGGAGUCCACGAAUUACUAUGCUGUCAAAGUGCUGCAGAAGAAAAUCAUCCUGAAGAAGAAAGAGCAAAAGCACAUCAUGGCUGAGCGUAGUGUGCUGAUGAAGAACAUCAAACAUCCGUUCCUGGUGGGACUGCACUACUCUUUCCAGACCACUGACAAACUCUACUUUGUGCUCGACUACGUUAAUGGUGGAGAGCUUUUCUACCACCUGCAGAGGGAGAGGAUCUUCCUGGAGCCCAGAGCCAGGUUUUACGCUGCUGAAAUUGCAAGUGCACUCGGCUACCUUCAUUCCCUGCACAUCGUUUACAGGGACCUGAAGCCAGAGAACAUCCUGUUAGACUCACAAGGCCACAUUGUCCUGACAGACUUUGGUCUCUGCAAGGAAGGUCUCGAGCCCAGUGGCACCACGACAACCUUCUGCGGGACUCCCGAGUACUUGGCCCCCGAGGUUCUGCAGAAGCAGGCGUACGACCGCACGGUGGACUGGUGGUGUCUGGGAUCUGUGCUCUACGAGAUGCUCUAUGGACUUCCUCCAUUUUACAGUCGCAACACAGCUGAGAUGUACAACAACAUCCUGCACAAGGCGCCGGUGCUCAAACCCAACGUGUCCAAUUCAGGCAGAGAACUGCUGGAGGGUCUCCUGCAGAAGGACCGAACCAAGAGGCUGGGAGUGAGGGACGAUUUUCUUGAACUCAAGUACCACUCCUUCUUUUCCCCGAUCAACUGGGACGACCUGAUGGCCAAGAAGAUCACGCCGCCGUUUAUUCCCUCAGUGAGUGGUCCCACAGACCUGCGACACUUUGACCCUGAGUUCACCCACCUGCCCGUGUCGUCAUCCCUGUGCAACGACUCCAUGACUGUGAGCAGCAGUGUCAAGGAAGCAGCUGGAGCCUUCCCGGGCUUCUCUUACGGGCCUCCGGCAGAACACUCCUUCAUGUGAGCGCCAUUAUCUUCUCCUGGAAACAAAACAGAGAGAGUGAGAGAAAUGGGACAAAAGCUCUGGACUAAUAGCCUUAUUUUGGGCAGAGGGACCACAGAGGGGCACUGCAACAAAAAUUCUGAUGAAUCGAUUUAAGUGGUUAACGGACAGGAACCGGUGAGGAGCAAGUCUUGAGGGAUCUCUGUGUUUGACUGGACAGAUGUGGAUUCUCAUGUUACGACACCACCCCGAAAACACCAACAAUAUACGCGUACAUGAGUGCCAAGUACGGAUGCACCCUGGGGUCAAAACACAUCGCUCCCUGAUGACUGUGUACCUCACAGCGACUGGUGACGUGACAUGAGGAGGAAGUGCCUGAGGAUCAAAGGCAGUUUGGACAGUGACGGCAGCUCUGACCACGAAGAGCAAGGUUUAACAAAAAAAAUAAAUAAAUAAAUUGUUUGGACUUUUUUGAUGAGCUGUACAGGGUCACGCCUUCAUUACAUGCCCACAUAUGUUUAAAAAAAUGCUGUCUUCAUGUUGACAAAUUUGUCUUGUUGUUUUCAUGUAAAUGCUCGAUUGCACUUGAGGAAACAAGGGUCACAAAAAAAGUAGGACUAUUCCGUGUCUGUGGAUUCGUCUGAACGUUGAAUUUCAUAUCCCAACACAGUAAUAACGGCAUUUCAAUGGUGUAAACUAGUAAUAAUCAUACUGGGACCAAACACUUUAACUAGGAUUGACUUGUGUUUCUGACCUGUUUGUCCUCAUAAACUGAAGAUCAAAGUUUUACUGUACUGUGUCCAA